GGGACGCAGCAGUCCAGGAGCAGUUCCCGAACUGCCUUUUGGAACAGGAGGAAAGAGGGGCGGGCAGCGCCGAGGAGCCCUGCCCUGGGCAGCCGGGCCGGCCUCAAGGGACGCGGGCCACCUGCUUCUCCAAGCGCUGCCGGAGGCCACCUGUGAAAGCUGGUGGCCCCGCAAGGGACCGUGCCCGCCUGUCUGCACAGACCAUCUUCUGCCUGGAUUAGAAACUGACCCGCCAACAGGUCCAGGUUCCAGGCAGAGCCGCAGGAGCAGAUGGCUCACACAGGAGACCGCAAGCGGAUGCCCUGGCUCCCCGUCCUAGUGGUGUCGCUGCUGUGCUCAGCCAGGGCAGAGUACUCCAACUGCGGUGAGAAUGAGUACUACAACCAGACCACUGGGCUGUGCCACGAGUGUCCGCAGUGUGGCCCGGGGGAGGAGCCCUACCUGUCCUGCGGCUAUGGCACCAAAGAUGAGGACUACGGCUGUGUCCCCUGCCCGGCAGAGAAGUUCUCCAAAGGAGGCUACCAGAUAUGCAGGCGCCACAAGGACUGCGAGGGCUUCUUCCGGGCCACCGUGCUGACACCGGGGGACAUGGAGAAUGAUGCCGAGUGCGGGCCGUGUCUCCCUGGUUACUACAUGUUGGAAAACAGACCCAGGAACAUCUACGGCAUGGUCUGCUACUCCUGCCUCCUGGCACCCCCCAACACCAAGGAAUGUGCAGGAGCCAGCUCCGGAGCGUCUGCCAACUUCCCCAGCACCUCUGGCAGCAGCACCCUCUCUCCUUUCCAGCACGCCCACAAAGAGCUCUCAGGCCAAGGGCACCUGGCCACAGCCCUGAUCAUUGCCAUGUCCACCAUCUUCAUCAUGGCCAUAGCCAUUGUCCUCAUCAUCAUGUUCUACAUCAUGAAGACGAAGCCUUCCGCCCCAGGUGACUGCUCCCCAAUGCCCUUGCUCCCUCCCCACAGACCCUUGCUCCCUGAUAGCUCUGUCAGCUUACCUAGUCUCCUUCCCUUUCUCCAACCAGCCUGCUGUACCAGCCACCCAGUGAAGAGCGUGGAAGCCCAAGUGAGCAAGGAAGAAGAGAAGAAAGAGCCCCAAGACAGUGUGGUGAUUUUCUCCGAGAAGGAUGAAUUUGAGAAGUUGACCACAGCUCCAGCAAAGACUGCCAAGAGUGAGAAUGAUGCAUCGUCGGAGAAUGAACAGCUGCUGAGCCGGAGCAUGGACAGUGACGAGGAGCCUGCCACCGACAAGCAGGGAUCCCCUGAGCUGUGCCUCUUGUCACUGGUUCACCUGGCCCGGGAGAAGCCAGCGGCCACCAAGUCAGCCGGGAUUCAAAGUCGAAGGAAGAAGAUAUUGGAUGUGUACGCCAAUGUGUGUGGAGUCGUUGAAGGUCUCAGCCCCACAGAGCUGCCAUUUGACUGCCUUGAGAAGACGAGCCGAAUGCUCAGCUCUACCUACAACUCAGAGAAAGCAGUAGUGAAAACUUGGCGCCACCUCGCCGAGAGCUUUGGACUGAAGAGGGAUGAGAUUGGGGGCAUGACAGAUGGCCUGCAGCUCUUUGACCGCAUCAGCACAGCAGGCUACAGCAUCCCAGAGCUGCUCACAAAACUGGUGCAGAUAGAGCGACUAGAUGCUGUGGAGUCCUUGUGUGCAGACAUCCUGGAGUGGGCCGGGCUCGUGCCACCUGCCUCCCAGCCCCCUGCCACGUCCUGAGGAGGCCACCUGGAGGCCGUCCUCCUUGGGGGCACCAGGGAUCUGACAAGGGCUCUGGAGCCUUGAGUGCUGCCAACAGACUGCCAAGAAUCAAGGCUUUUUCUGCUGUCACCAGGCUUUGCCCUAGGCUGUUCCUAGGAAUGAGAGGAAAUGGAGCCUGUCUUCCAGUCUUCCAAUCUAACCAGAGAUAAAAGGUUCAAGCUGGAGUACUCCCAGCUCCCCACCGGUACCUCACCAGGCAGGAUGAAUAUUUAUGCACUAACUCAUUCAAGGGACAUUGUUGGGUGCUCAGAUGACCCGAACGACGUGGGAUGGCAGAGGUGAAGAAUCUGGUCCCUGUCUGUAAGGAGUUUACAACCUAGGGAGAGAGACAAGACGUGUUUACAAAGCACCUUGCUAGAAGACAUCAAAUUGUCUUGAUGAGGGGCUGCUGAGGAAACAUAAUAGAAGUUUGAGAGAGGAGAUGGCUCCUCAUGGGUGAUGAAGGAGGGCAGCCUCAUGAAGAAAGCAGCUGGAAAGCCUGGUGACACAACUACAAAGGGCAGAUGUCCCACUCCAUGUAGUGUGUCAGGUUCACAACUUGUCUAUUAAUAUCUUAAGUGGCUACAUUGGGAUAAGUCUGCCUGUUCCUGAGGCCAUCUGUAUUCCUACCACCCUUCUGGUCACAAGUGCAAGAGUCUACCCUGUGGCCUGCCUCCUGUCACUGAUAUACCAGGUGUGUGUCUUUCCAGUCAAGUAGACCUGUGUCCAGGUCACCUGCUGCAGGGGGCCCGGGCCUGGCCCCAGUGGGUUGGGAUUACACAUGAGCUGCAUUCCACUCUCAUCCUUGGUCAAGUGUGACCCUUUGUGGGCAGCAAUGCUCAAGAACACAAUCCAUUUAAACGAUGUGUCAGCCUGUUUUUGCUUCAAACAGAAAUGAGUGGUCAACUGUCUGUACAAAGAGAAAUGGUGACUUCCUAAGAUUCAGCCAUGCAUAAUUGAAGAUUUUCAGCAUCUGAGACUUGUGGAUGAGCCUCGUGGCAUGAGGGCUUCUGAACCAGUCAAAGAAAGUAGGGCCUCACAGCGUAGGGAGGGCCUGGCCGCAGAAUCCAGGGACCUGGCUCUAGUUGUACCAACUUGGGCCACUUUCUUCUCCCUCCCCAGCUUCAGUUCCUCUUCUGCAAAGGAAAGGUUAGUUUGUGAUUCUGUAAUCAGGGAAAGUAAAGUUCAGGUGGGCAACAGGAAAGUGAGCUGCAGGAAAUGCCAGGCCUUCAAGGUGUGCAUCGAAGUGAACACCCAUUCAUCAAGUAAAAUGAGAGUAGAAGCAGAAAAACUGACAGUAAAGCAAUAAACUGGCAUUAUUCUUGGCAAAUUCUCUUACUACACCUGCAGUUGCCAAAAGUGUGGGAGCCAGGGUAGUGAUCAUACCAGGGGGUUAAUCUAGAGUUCACUGCUGAGCUUCCUAAUGACAGAUCUGACAAUGGGUUAUUACUAAAUUAAAACAGUCUCCGACUUACAAAACGAUGUUUUUAAAAUUACAAGUCACAUGACUGAGCAAAUGCUUCAGGGUGGGGGUGGGGAAUCAGUCAUAUGUUUAGAGCCAAUAAGCAACUUCCCACCAAUGAAUGUAGAACAUACUGUGAUAGGAUCAUAAUUAGGUCCUGAAUAUUUAAUAUCAUCAUUUGCUGUGUCUGUUUGCUGCUGUUUUUCAGAGCCUAUUUGCUAUAGCCUGAAAGCUAAAUACUCCAUAGCAAAACUUAAUUAUCCUUUUAAUUCCUCUUUGAAAUCCUGCGGUGCCUCUUUCUUCUGCUUUGUGAUAAUGAUGAGAGUCUCCCCCUGAAUUAGGCAGCACAUGUCACAUGUGAUGAGCAUGCCAGUCCAGGGAGACAGCUUGUAGUUUGCCAAGAACAUUUUCAGUGAAGGAGCAGGAGUGGCUGCUGCCAGGCCUGGAGAUUUGCCUCAUUUCACACAGUUAAAACUCCAGGGCCGGAGGUCCAGCCAGCAUCAUACCAUGUUUCGAUGACUCCCAACCUGGCAUUUUUAGGGAGCUAGUCCUUACAAAGAGUUAAAAAUCCCUUUGUCAUUUACUUAUUUGGAAACAAAUCCAAGAACAAUCUAUUUUGAUGAAAGUUAGCCUACAUUAUGGAAUUCAAAUCAAUGAGACCAUAAUGAUUAUCACUGACCAGAGCAGGGACUUCCACUCUGCCAUUUUGUAUGGAGACAGUCAUUAUUUUGCUAUACUUAAAAACAUUUAGGGAACACCCAAGGCUAGAGCUAUGGGCCCUAGCCAGUGAAGUCUUAA